GGACCAGGGCUCGAACCCGUGUCUCCUGCAUUGGCAGGUGGAUUCUUAAGCACUGCGCCACCAGGGAAGUCCCAGUUUGGAGGAUUAAGCAGUGGGUUUUGGGGAAUGAGAGCGUAUUCCAUGGCUAAUUGGCACUUGGCUGAUCUGCCCUCCUGAGUGCCCCGUGGCCUUGUUUUCCAGGCCAGCGCACAUGGGGUGGAUCCUUGUCACUUCAGCCACCGUCAUCCUUUUCUUGCAGAAUUACCCUCUUUACAUCCGCAGUGUCCCCACGGAGAACGAGCUCAAGUUUCACUACAUGGUACACACGUCCCUGGACGUGGUGGACGAGAAGAUCUCAGCAAUGGGGAAGGCCCUGGUGGACCAGAGGGAGCUCUACCUGGGCCUGCUGUACCCCACAGAGGACUACAAGGUUUACGGCUACGUGACCAACUCCAAGGUGAAGUUUGUCAUGGUGGUGGAUUCCUCCAACACGGCGCUCAGAGACAACGAGAUUCGCAGUAUGUUCCGGAAGCUGCACAACUCCUACACAGACGUGAUGUGCAACCCCUUCUAUAACCCGGGAGACCGCAUUCAAUCCAGGGCCUUUGAUGGCAUGGUGACGUCCAUGAUGAUACAGGUCUGUUGAGGAGAGCUCUGCAGCCCGUGGCUGGAAGGAAUCGUUCUGUGCAUAACUGUGUUGUUCAGAUGUAUCUUUAUUUCCACUUGUCUCCUCUUGGGUGUCAUGGACGUGCCGCUGGGGGCAGGGCCUCAUGCACGGUGCCUGUUGACUAAAGGUCUUGUGAGAUCAGGUUUGGCUUUUUCCUUCUGCGUCAGCAGAAGGUUUAACUAAAGACAGUUUAGGGACUUACCUGGCUGUCCAGUGGUUAGGACUCUGCGCUUCCACUGUAGGGGCCGCAGGUUCAGUCCCCGGUCAGGGAACUAAGAUCCCGCAUGCUGCACGGCACGGCCAAAAAACAAAACGAAGGAGUUUAUGUGGACUUUUCAGGGACAGAGCAGAUCAGGGACCAGACAGAGCAGGAGCUGUUGUCCCCACUAGGCACGAAGGGGCAGGGGGAGCCGGGUGGCAGGAGCUCUCAGAGCUUGGAGCCCAGAAGAGGCUGCGAAGGGAGGGGCAGAGGACCUGUGGGCCGGCCGCCCCCUCCAGUGGCUCAGCAGGUGGGCUAAUCUGGAGGGGUCGGCCUUCUGUGCCCAGAGCCGGGUUAGAGGGGCACGUGGGACGGGCUGCACACCUUCCCCCGGCGGGAGGGCCCUUCCUCCUGGUCUGGCCCGGGCCCGGAAGGCCACCCCCCAAGACCGUGCGCUACAGCGUCUGCAUCGGCUGCCGCUGGGCAUCGAAUGGGCAAACGGCCAGAGCGCCUCCUGCCUGUCAGCGCCCUGAGGCUCCUGAGGGCCCGGGGGCCAGGUGGGUGUUGGGAGAGGAGCCCCCUCCCUGCUGACCCCCAGGCCCCUGGGCAGGCUGUGGGAGGGGCGCUGACACUUGAGGAGGGGCUGAUGUCAACAGAUUUCCGCCUGCUGCCCCAGAAGCCUGCUCAGUCAAGGCUGAUCACAGUUCUAACUGACCAUGACUGAGGCCGCGGCCCCUUCUGGGAUCAGGUGACCCAGGUUCUAGUGACGGCAUCUCUGAAGUGGAAGAGGCCCUCCUGGGCCUGAGCCACCUACACAGUCUGCUCUGUGUGGUCUCAGCGUGGCUGGCUUCCUUGAUCAGGCACCCUCAGACACCAUGAGCCCCUCCUGCCCCCUCAGUCACUCUAGAGAGGGUCUCUGACCAGGAGGAAGGUAGGAGCGUGGCUCAGACCCACUAGGAACAGGGAGGCUGUGAGCUGUGAGCGUCGUCGGCCCAGGGCUGGAAUUGGGAUGCACUCCGCUCGGCUUUGGGUUUCCUUCCCUUCCUCUGAGCACGGGAUUACAGAAGCAAACAAACAAAACACAGCUCAGAGUGUGUGUUAAAGACACACGUCCCGGGCUCCCCCCACCCUGCCUCACCUGCCACAGGUGGAAUUGCAAGACCUAGAAGAGGGCUGAGAAGUGCGACCAGCAGGUGUUGGUCUGAUGCAGGCCACCCUCACACGGGCUUUCUCCCCACAGUCCAUCCUCAACUUUCUGGUUGAGCUUUUACUUAGUAAUCUCUCCUGCCUGAGUAAUGGCUGAGGCAGGGACUACAGGUUGCCAAGGCAACAUCCAUUCUCCCUUGCUUGCUUACUAACAGAACCCUAGUGUUAUUGGGGACAAUUGGCUAGACAAAAUAUACUUCCUGCCCUCACAAGGGUAGGUAGUUAUGGCAUUUAGGUGGAUGGCGUUGGGAGGCACUUGCAGGAAGGACACUUAAAAGGGGGAUUCAGCUGGCAGUACCUUUAUCUUUACCCUUCCUCCUUCCUGGAACUUAGAUGUGAUGGCUGGAGCCCAGGCAGCUAUCUUGAGAGCAUGCAGGCAACAUUCAUCCCCUGAGGAUGGAGAGCAGAAAGCUAGAAGGAGGCUGGGUCUUUGCUGACAUACCAGCCCUGGACUACUUAUGUUCAGCAUUUUUUUUAAUGAGGAAAUGAAACCCCUAUCUUGAAGCCA